UGCGCAUCGCGGGCGCCUCGCCGUCACCACCGAGCAGAUAGACGCAUUACUCGCGCAUUUUUUCGCGACGACACGACGAGCGAGAGAGAGAGAGAGAGAGAGAGAGAGAGAGAGCGCGCGCGCGCGCGUGAAUCUCGGCGCACCUUUGCCGAGCGACGAAGACGGUGCAGCGCGUCGCGGCAUCGGCGGCCCGUCGUCGCAUGUUUCGUUUUUGCGGCGGCAGGCAGCGAAAGUUAUUGAUUCCCAUCGCGAAGCGCGACCGUCCGGCCAUUCGCCGACAUUCGGAGCACACCUGCGAGGAGCGCUCGAGGAAUUAGAGAGAACCGACGCGCGUUGAUCCGCAAGGGGCAGCAUGAAGAUCGUAUUGUUGAACAACUUUUUGCACUUCUUCGACCUGAAGCAGGGAACGGUGCUGAUCGCGAUACUUCAGCUGUUCAUCACCGGAUUCACCCUGAUAUUCUUCGUCCUGGCGAUAGCGCACGCGAUGUGGAUCCAAGAGAUGGUGGUGCGGGACACCGAAGACGCCCUCGUGAGGGAGGCUCUGGAGGAGAUAUGGUCGAAUCACCUCAACACCAAGAAGAUGGACCUCGCGCAUCACAACGCAACCGAAACGGUAUAUUCGAUGUACUGCGGCCUCGUCAUGGCGAUAAUCCACUUCAUCAGCACGAUCAUGCUCCUGUACGGGACUCUGACGAAUAAUCGUUACUGCAUGACACCUUGGAUGGUGGUCAUGAUGAUUAUCAUAUCGUCCUUAGUGAUCUCGCUGUUCUUGGUGGGCGAGAAUUGCCCCUUCAUCGCUAUCUUGGGCGGAAGAGCGAGUUUUUACGAGCGUGUGGCCGUCUUCUGUGUGGUGCUCAUGAACUUCUACAUCUGGUUCGUGGUAUACAGCACUUACAAGAGCCUGGAGACGAAGAAGGGUCUGAUGCACGAGGUGCACUGCGUGAAGAAGAAAUACGCGGUGCCGGCGAUGGAGGUGCCGAAGCUGAUCCCGACGAUGUCGGCGAAGAAGCCCUUCGAGGUGUAA